AGGAGCGGAGCGCAGAGGAAGAACAAGCAGCAGCAGCAGCAUCAGAGGAAGAAGAAGAAGGAGAAGAAGAAGAAGAGGAGGAAGAGGAGCAGCCAUCGGACGCACUCUGUCAGGAUUUUCAGGAUUUCUUCCCCCUCCCGUCCUCUGGCCUGACCGACCCACCAGCCCGCCAUCAUGAACUACCUUCGCCGCCGCCUGUCGGACAGCAGCUUCGUGGCCAACCUGCCCAACGGCUACAUGAUGGACCUGCAGAGGCCGCCGCCGCCGCCGGCCUCCUCCACGUCCUCGCCCGCCUCCCCGGCCACAGAGAGGCGGCAGCCGCCGAGCCUGGCGGGGCAGGGCCAGGCCUCCGCCCCGGCCUCGGCCUCCGGCUCCGGCAGCUUCCUCAGCUCCUUCUCCAGCGUGGUGAAAAGCGCUCAGAUGGCGCAGAGCGUCGCCGCCGCCGCGCAGGCCAAGUCGGCGGCGGCGGCGGCCGAAGGAGCUCCGGCGGGAAGCACGCAGCCUCCCAAGAGCGCCGUCCGCAAACCCAAAAUCCUGCUGGUCAUCGACGACCAGCACACAGACUGGGCGAAGUAUUUCCGGGGGAAGAAGCUCAACGGGGAGUACGAGAUCCGGGUGGAGCAGGCGGAGUUCUGCGAGAUCAACCUGGCGUCCUACGUGAACUCGGGCUGCAUGGUGGACAUGCAGGUCACCAGAGGCGGCACCAAAGUGGUCAGGUCGUUCAAGCCGGACUUCGUCCUGAUUCGUCAGCACGCCUACAGCAUGACGCCGGGCGAGGACUUUCGGAGCCUCGUGAUCGGCCUGCAGUUCGGCGGCGUCCCGAGCAUCAACUCGCUCCUCUCCAUCUACAACUUCUGCAGCAAGCCCUGGGUGUUUUCUCACAUGAUUAAGCUCUACCACUCCCUCGGCCCGGAGAAGUUCCCCCUGAAUGAACAAACCUUCUACCCCAACCACACACAGAUGGUUUCCACGCCGUCCCUCCCCGUGGUGGUGAAGAUGGGCCACGCACACGCUGGCAUGGGCAAGAUCAAAGUGGAGAGCCAGCAGGACUUCCAGGACAUCACCAGCGUCGUGGCUCUGGCCGGGACGUACGCCACCGCCGAGCCCUACGUCCAGUCCAAGUACGACAUCCGCAUCCAGAAGAUCGGCGGCAACUACAAGGCCUACAUGAGAACGUCGAUCUCCGGAAACUGGAAGGCCAACACGGGCUCGGCCAUGUUGGAGCAGAUCGCCAUGACUGACAGAUACCGGCUGUGGGUCGACUCCUGCGCCGAGAUGUUUGGCGGCCUCGACAUCUGCGCCGUGAAGGCCGUGCACGGAAAAGACGGCAACGACUACAUCAUCGAGGUGAUGGACAGCUCCAUGCCUCUGAUUGGUGAACACGUGGAGGAAGACAAGCAGCUGAUCACCGAGCUCGUCCUCAGCAAGAUGAGCAGCGUUCUGCUGGGCGUGUCUGCGCCGCCGCCGAGCAGCGUCAAGACGAGCCAGCCCAGACGAGGUGGCCACCGCUCUGCCUCGGCCUCGCCCUCUCAGUCGGCGCAUGCCUCUCCUCAGCGGGCGCGCUCUGCCAGCACCUCGCCCAGCCAGGCCUUCCAGCCCGGCCCGCUGCCCGCCGGCCCCGCCCCCAGCAAGCAGCCACCGCAGCUCAACAAGUCGCAGUCGCUGACCAACACCUUCACCGAGACGUUACGAGGAAACCUGACGGACGACGAGGCCAAAGCCGAGACCAUCCGCAGCCUCAGACAGUCCUUCGCCAGCCUCUUCUCCGACUGAAGACCUCCCAAGACUCCUCCUCUUCUUCCUCCUCCUCGUCUUGUCAGCUCUUAAAAAAAAAGAAAUCCCCACCUCCCCGAGCCUCAACUUCCUGUUCCUUCUUUUUCAUUUUCCUGUGAUCAGUGAUGACUCCACACUAGAGAGGCCAGAGUUUUAGGGAUCGAACAGAAAUCCAAACAGCAAAACCAGCAGCUUUAGGCGGUUAUAAAAAAAAAUAAUGACAACUUAUGUUCCUUCGUGUGAUUUUGAAAAUGUACCGGUGCUGGUUUUUGUAGAGAAGACCGAAGGACAAAAGUCACAGAACGACAUCUGGAAAGAUAUCUCAAAUUUCCGGGUGCAAUCACACCUGCAGUUUCUUUUCUUUGGUCUUGGAAUUUGAUUUCUUUAGGUUCACACCAGCCACGCCAUCUCAAGCCAACCAGGGCUUAUAAAUAGAAGUCACAUGACUCAAGCUGCUUUCUCAUUGGACAGAAUUUGGUCAAACUAGACUUCCUGUAACAGCAGGUAUGUCCAAAUUCAAGGGCCGGCUCAUUUGAUGGUCGCAUUUCAAGGCUGUACAUGUCACAUUGGUAAAGUUAUCCUUAAUUAAUACCUGUAGGGAAAUUGGAUCUCUGCAUCGGACCCAUCCUACGUAUUAGGAGA